UGGAGGAAGUGUUGUGCCUCUCUAGCUCCUGAUAUUUUGGCCUUUGAGUUGUUGCUAACCCGGUAAAAUAAAAGUAAAAAAAAAAAAAAAACAUAUAUAUAUUUAGGAAUGCUUGCAGUUGUUACUAAUGACUGCGCUGUAACCUAAAGUAUUUGUUUCGCCUAGCUGAUUUGGCAGAAGAAAAUGCCUAUCCGAGCAUAUUGUACAAUCUGCUCGGAUUUCUUCGAUCACGCUAGAGAUGUGGCAGCAAUUCACUGUGGGCACACUUUUCAUUAUGAAUGCCUUCUUCAGUGGUUUCAGACUGCUCCUACGAAAACCUGCCCGCAGUGUAGGAAACAGGUCAGCACCAGGCACAUCAUCAGCAAGCUGUUUUUUGACAUUGGAGGAGAGGAGGAAGCGGGGUCUGCAGACCCAGAGAGCUUGCAGAAUGAGCUUGACCGAAUGAAGGCACAGUUAAGCUCUAAAGAGCGAGACUGGCGGGAAAAACAGAAGGUGAUUGACGGCUUAAAGGAUACCGUCAACAAGCAGAAGAGAGACCUGGACAACAUACGGAAGGAGAUCAUGGAAAAGGAGAUGAUCUGUAUUGCCCUAAGAAAACAGAUGGCUUAUAUGGAGACGCAGCAGAAUGAAGUUCAGGCAGCGAAGGAGGAGGUCCGCAGGCUGAGGACUAAAAUGAAAACCUUUGAAGGCCUGGAUGUGUUGCUACACGGUCAGCGAGACGAAGUUGAUUCCAUGAUCACAGAUAUGGGCGUCAGCCAGGCAGCAGUGGAGCAGCUCUCUAUUUAUUGCAUCUCUCUAAAGAAAGAGUAUGAUAAUCUCAAAGGAAGCCUAAAAUCUUCCAAUGACAUGUGUGAGAAGUUGAAGAGAGAAGUUCUCUCCUCUAACAACAAGCUGCAAAAGGCUUCCCUGGAGGUGAAUCAGACCAGAGAGGACAUGAAGUCUCUGCAGAGAGAUCUGGCCAAUGCCGACAGAGAGAUUUCUAGUCUCAAGAAAAAAGUCGAGUUUCUUCAGAAGACUCUGAGCACACCAACACGCACAAAUGAAGCCCUCAGCAGGCUUGUCUUUGAAAGCCCGGCCCCACUGGAGCUGAAGCCUCCCCGCCUCCACCAGCCGACGCGUGGAGAGGACAUCGAUCUCGAUGCGACCUAUGACAUCACUACUCCUGACGACAUUUCCAAGAGACCGACCAAAGUUCCUUCAAAGAAGAUGCGCCUCGAACAACCAGGAUCGUCUGUUUCGAAACACAGCGAGAAAUCAUCUUCCCUAAGCAAGCCUCAGGACGAAGCUCUGGAUCCUUUUUUGAGGAACUCCCUUCUCUUCAGAAAGAAGACCUUUGGAAGCAUGUUGGACCCUCAGAGAAAGGCUGGAGUCGUCAGAACAGGAUAUGAUGGAUUAGGAGGACGGACUAAAUUCAUCCAACCUUCUCCUUUAGCUGAGAUCCGCCCUCUGAUCAAAACUAAAAGGAAAAAGGUGACUCGGCCGCCCUCUAAACAUCCAACCUGCCUGACUCUGGACAGCUUCCUGGAAUAAAUUCGGGAGACAACUUGUUGAUGCUGUUGUGGUUCAGAGGAUGAGCCAGACAGCCAUCCUUCCACUCUGGACUUUGUAAUUAAUCUUGUAUUUAAGAACAGUGACAUGAGCUGUCUUUUUUUUUUUUUUACUGAAAUCAGUAAGCCUGAUGUUCAUACUUUUUGUGUUUCUAUAACUUUCGGCACAGUCUGUCUUGGCAAGUUUCUGAUUAGCCUCUUGUGUAUAUGUGUGCAAGUGCACAAACGUUGUUUUUUUUAAUUUGCAGAGUAUCAUGUCAUAGAAAGGUGACCAUUUAGAGUAAUUUUGUUUUCUAAAUCUCUCCUGCUAAAUAUCAACAAGCUCAAAAAUUAAACUAUUUUUAUUUAA